UGUAUGUUUUCCUCAGUAAAAGUGAAUGAUCUGCGUGGAAUUGGCUGAUAAUCACACGUGCCUCGGCAUGUGUUUGGCACGACCCGCUGUCACUGUCUGUCUCUGCAAAUCACGGCGUCUUUUGAACUUAUUUUUGGACGGAUCUUCCUGACAACCGACCUUAAGCAUGUAGUCUGUAACAGGUCAGAACUUCACAUGCACAGUCUGCUCGUACUGCGACUCAUAUCAGCAAAUGGUAGAAAAGGAAUGGCGCUCUAAUCUCAGUAAUAGGUAAUAAACACACUGAUUGGCUUUAAUCCUGCAACAGCUGUGUCACUUCCAAAACACUUCUCUGUCAGCCACCAUGGCUCUGCCCGAACACCCAUGUGGAGGCUACUCAUAACCCCAGAACAAAACAGAGGCAAGGUGCCCCACUGUGAAUUCCCCACUCAUUAUGCAACUGGAGUAUAAAGCACAGCUCACUGCAGUCAGGAGAUCCGGAGACAGUCAGACGCUCCAGUUCAUCCCUGAUCAACGCACUCAGAGAUUAACAGGCAAAACAAGAGAUCUGGAAUGGAUUUUAUUCUACCACCCACCACUCCAGAUGGGGGUAUCCCAUGGGAGAAGUAUUUGCCACCUCUUAUACCUCGCCUCAAUGGGACAUAUGGACAAUACAACUGGAACCCCAAAUUGUUAAUUCCAGAAAGUGAGAAUAUCAGCUCUGCAGAGGUGAACUGCGAUGACAGUGGAUUUACAGUUCAAGUUGAUGUCAAGUACUUCAAACCAGAGGAUCUGAUGGUCAAAGUGAUAGGAGACUUUGUGGAAGUACAAGGAAAGCAUGAGGAGAAAAAGAAGGAAGGUCCCGGGUUCACGACAAGGCAGUUUAAUCGACGCUACCGAAUCCCCAAAGGAGUGGAUACCAUGGCUUUGGAGUCCGCCGUCUCUCCAGAUGGAAUCUUGAUCAUAUCUGCGCCUCUGCUGCAAACUGAGAACUCCAGAUCCCUGACCUAAUCCCAUUAAUACAAAACACGCAAAUCCCUUCCAUCUUCACCAUAUAUGAAGACAAAUGUAACAGAAGCCGUGAUGAACACACACAGGCAGAAAGCAGAAAUAGCUUCAGACUCCUACAGUCACAGCAACACUCAGUGCGUGCCAAAACACGAAUGUUAUGUUCCUGGCACUGUUUUAAUAUUCCCUGCUCUUGAGGUUUGUAUAUACUGUUCUGCAACUCAUCAAUCUUACAUAAUGUUUCAAGGAAGCAGUCUUUGUACAUAGUCUGUUCACAA